AUGAAGCAGCCAUGCGAGGUCGAUGACUGUGCAGAACCGCAUCAUAAACUUCUGCAUCCCUCGAAACCGAAAACCAACAGCAGCGUCCAGCAGCGUGGUGUUACUUUCGCCCACUGUUCACGACAAGCCGGCGUACUGUUCAAGGUACUUCCCGUCAUUCUCUCUAGUAACGGGAAAUCUGUCUUGACCUUCGCUUUCCUGGAUAACGGAUCCAACCUCACGCUGAUGGAAGAGGAAAUUGCCGAUGAGCUUGGAUUGCAGGGUAACUCACCUGAAGAUCAGCGAGCUAGGCAGAUCUUGGCCCAAACUACUCGCCGCACUGACUCAGGAAGAUUCGAAUGUGGCCUGUUAUGGAAAAGCGACGACUUCGAACUUCCUGGUAGCUACAAAAUGGCGGAACGACGGAUGGUUUGUUUGGAGAAGAAGCUCGGAGAAGACCCAGCUCUGAAAAUGAAGGUGUUAGAGCAGAUUGACGAGUAUCUGGAUCGCGGAUACGCCCACAAGGCUACUGAGGACGAGCUACGAGAUUCCGACCAACGUCGGGUAUGGUAUCUUCCCAUUGGCAUCGUCCAGAAUCCCCGGAAACCCGGGAAAGUACGAAUUGUAUGGGACGCGGCGGCACGCAUCGGAAACACAUCACUCAACUCAAUGCUGCUCACUGGACCAGACCUUUUGACUCCACUUCUGAAGGUCAUGUACGGAUUCCGGCAACGACAAUAUGCUGCAGUUGGAGACGUACGAAAAAUGUUUCACCAGCUGCUGGUUAGACAGGAAGACAGGCGGGCUCAACGUUUUCUAUUCCGGACAGAUCCGGAACAAGCACCGAUAAUCUACGUAAUGGACGUCGUAGUUUUCGGAACAUCGUGUUCUCCGUGUCUUGCUCAACAUGUGAAGAAUGCAAACGCUGAGGAGUACAAGGAUCUGUAUCCAGAUGCGGCCUCGGCAAUCAUCAACAAAACCUACGUCGACGAUUUCCUGGAUAACAGAGACAGUAUCGAAGAGAUGGUCCGUAUAGUCAACGAGGUGCGCUGGAUUUUCGACCAGGCUGGAUUCGAACUUCGAAACUGGCAGUCCAAUUCCGAGGACGUUCUUCGACGGGUCGGGGCCGACAUCAACGAAACUGCGAAAUCCUUCUCGGUGGAAAAAUCUACGAUUGCCGAACGAGUCCUAAUAAUGAGAUGGGACCCCAAGGACGAUUUAUUCGUGUUCGAUACACAAUUUCGUGAAGAUCUUCUGCCGUUGUUGACAGGAGUCAUCGUUCCUACUAAACGACAAGUUCUUCGCGUGGUUAUGAGCCAUUUUGAUCCUCUGGGCAUCGUAGCUAUCUACACUGUGCACGGAAAAAUCCUUAUCCAGGACGUGUGGAGAUCUCGCGUAUCGUGGGAUGAUCCAAUAACGGCGGAAGACUUCGAAAGCUGGCAGCGCUGGGUGAGACUAGUUCCAAACCUGACGCAGGUUGAAGUUCCGCGAUGCUACUUCCCGAACUAUGACCCGGCCAGUUACGAUUCUAUUGAAAUCCACGUUUUCGUCGACGCUAGCCUGAAAGCGUACUGCGCCGCAGCGUAUUUUAGGAUCAUCGACAAUGGCUCGUCACGUUGUGCCCUAGUAGCAGCAAAGACGAAAGUGACACCAUUACAAACGCAAUCAAUUCCAAGAAAUGAACUGAGUGCCAGAGUAAUCGGAGUGCGACUGCUUAAAAGUGUUCUGGAGAAUCACUCAAUACCUGUCAAGAAACGGUACAUGUGGACGGAUGCAACAACCGUUCUGGCUUGGUUGAGAGUAGACCCACGAAAUUAUCGGCAAUUUGUAGCUUUUAGAGUUAUCGAAAUUCAGACAGAGACACGCGUGGAGGAGUGGCACUACGUACCAUCGAGUUUGAACGUUGCGGACAAGGGUACAAAGUGGGGAAGUGGACCCUGCUUCGAUCCAGCCAUUCCGUGGUUCACGGGACCUGAAUUCUUGUAUCGCGCAGAAAGUGAGUGGCCACGUCAACCAGCUAAGUAUGCGGAGCCACAGGAAGAAGUCAGAGUAGUCAAUCACCACGUAGCAGUUUGCGAUUUCGUCGUAGACUUCACGAAGUUUUCCAGUUGGGGAGAUCUGCUCAAGAACAUCGGCUACUUGUAUCAUUUCGUUCAUCGUUGUCGAUCAUCACCAAGAGUGAUGACCAAGAGCAGAGUUGCAGUCUUGGAGCAGAAAGAUUAUGCGGCGGCUGAAAGAAGUGUUUGGCGAGUUAUCCAAAGUGUGGAGUACACCGCAGAAAUCGCCACUCUUCUCAAGAAUUUCGAGCUUCCCAGCGACCAACAGACGCCAUUGGAAAGAAGCAGUCUCCUCAAAAAGCUGUCCCCAUUUUUGGACGACGAAGGUGUUCUGAGGAUGCGUAGCCGUAUUAAUGAUGCUGCCAUCUACUAUUCCUACGACUUUCAAAACCCAGUGAUCGUUCCAAGGAGAAGUCACGUCACCGAACUGAUGAUCUACAAGUAUCAUCAACGCUAUGGACACGCUAACGUCGAUACCGUCGUCAACGAGUUGCGUCAACGCUAUUACAUCGCCAGAGUUCGUUCCGUAGUGAAAAACGUAGUAAAGCAGUGCCUGGACUACUUUGGGCCGUUGAUAGUGAAGCAUCGUCGGAGUAACGAGAAGAGAGGUGCUCCGCAGAAAAUUUUCAGCGACAGUGGCACUAACUUUCGUGGAGCCGCCCGCGAGCUUGUCAAUGAAACAAGAGCCAUCAAUCGGGAGCUAGCGGCUAUAUUCACCAACGAAGAAAUCGAAUGGGUUUUCAACCCUCCAUCCGCUCCCCACAUGGGUGGUGUGUGGGAGCGAAAGGUUCGCUCAAUCAAAGAAGCGUUCAAAUCAUUGCACCACAGACAACAUCUGAACGAUGAGAAGCUUAUGACCUUCUUGGCCCAGGCUGGAAUGAUGGUGAACUCCCAUCCUCUAACAUGUGUACCGUCGGCAGAAGAAGCAGUUACUCCGAACAAUUUCCUGUUAAUGAGUUCGAGUGGGACCAACACGUCAUCGAGGAUACCUGUUGAUGAAGAGGUGCCUCUACGGCUAAACUGGAAGUUGAUGCAACAGCUGUUAAAUCAAUUUUGGAAGCGAUGGAUCCAAGGAUAUCUUCCGACAAUUGCUCGUCGAACCAAGUGGUUCAGCGAUGUCCGCCCACUUCAAGUAGACGACCCGGUAGUCAUCGUAGAUGAAACUGUCCGAAAUGGGUGA